UUGAAUGGGAAGAGGAAAUGGCACAUGACCACUUGGAUACCAGGGUGAAGAACAGCACCAAGGAAGCCUCUCUUGUUCACCUGGCCCAGAGCUGUUUCCAAGUGGAAGCCUUUGGACACAUCUUCACUCUGGACCUGGAACUAAACCACCACCUCCUGUCUUCAGAGUAUGUGGAACGGCACUUUAACCGAGAUGGCAGACCCUGGCAGUCUGUGGGAGGAGAACACUGCUACUACCAGGGAAGGUUAAGAGGUUUAACACAUUCGUGGGCAGCUGUCUCCACCUGCCACGGCCUGUGUGGCAUGUUUUCUGAUGGCUUCUUCUCUUACGGGAUUGAGCCCAUUCACAAUGGGAGCAAUCAGGAUGAUGGCGCUCACUUAAUUCACAGGAUGCCUGAUCUCAGACUUUUCCCCCACUGCCCAGACUGUACUGAGGACAGCAAGUGGGAUAGCAGAGGAGGUGGCAGUGAUGACGAAAGACCAGACAAAAGGAAGGAGCAGCAGGCGUCUGGGGGGUUGAGGCGAUCCAAGCGAUUUGUUCGCAAACCCUCUGUCCCGACUGAGACAAAAUAUAUUGAGUUGAUGGUGGUCAAUGACAAUGACAUGUUUGUACAGCUGCGUCUCUCAAGCAGCCAAACGAAGAACUUUGCCAAAGCAGUGGUCAACAUGGCAGAUGCGAUCUACAAGGAACAGCUGAACACAAGGAUUGUGCUGGUUGCCAUGGAAACCUGGACCUCUAAAAAUAUGAUGCCAGUAGUGGAAGACCCACUGAUAACGCUGCAGAACUUCAUGAAGUACAGAAAGGACAACAUCAAAGAGCAGAGCGAUGUCGUCCAUCUUUUCUCAGGGCGUACGUUUCACAGUAGCCGUAGCGGGACAGCCUACACAGGAGGAGUGUGCUCGCUAACCAGAGGAGGAGGCAUCAACGAGUAUGGGAACGUUGGUGCAAUGGCUAUCACUUUAUGCCAGAGUCUUGGCCAGAACAUCGGAAUGAGGUGGAACAACGCACGUAACUCUGCAGGCGACUGCAAGUGCCCAGAUGCCUGGCUGGGCUGCAUCAUGGAAGACACGGGAUACUAUCUGCCCAGAAAGUUUUCUCGCUGCAGUGUUGAUGAGUACAUCCAGUUCUUGCUCCAGGGGGGCGGGAGCUGCCUCUUCAACAAGCCCAGUAAGCUGUUGGACCCCCCAGAAUGUGGGAAUGGCUUUGUAGAACCAGGGGAGGAAUGUGAUUGUGGAUCCCAGGUGGAGUGCGCCCGUAAUGGAGGAGCCUGCUGUAAAAAGUGCACACUUACCCAUGAUGCCAUGUGCAGUAAUGGACUCUGCUGCAGUGGCUGCAAGUAUGAGCAGAGAGGUGUGGUGUGUCGAGAUGCUGUGAAUGACUGUGAUAUCCCAGAGGCCUGUACCGGAGACUCCAGCCAGUGCCCUCACAAUGUCCACAAGCUGGAUGGCUAUAUGUGUGAGAACGGUCAGGGCCGAUGCUACGGUGGACGAUGCAGGACUCGCGAUGGACAGUGCAGGGGACUGUGGGGUUAUAAUUCAGCAGACAGGUUUUGUUAUGAGAAGCUAAAUGCUGAGGGGACAGAAAAAGGCAACUGCGGCCCAAGUCCUGAAGGCCAGGGCUGGCUGCAGUGCAACAAGCCGGAUGUUUUAUGCGGCUUUUUAUUCUGUGCCAACAUGACAAUGAAGCCGAAGUUUGGAAACCUGCAGGGUGAGGUGACCAGCUUCACCCUCUACCACCAGAACAAGUACCUGGACUGCAGAGGUGGCCAUGCUCUGCUGGAGGAUGGCUCAGAUCUGGGCUACGUGGAGGAUGGCACUCCCUGUGGUCCCAACAUGAUGUGUUUGGAGCGACGCUGCCUCCCUGUGACAGCGUUCAACCUCAGCACCUGUCCAGGAUCCAACUUUGGACGCAUUUGUUCUGACCAUGGGACCUGCAGUAACGAGGUGAAGUGUAUCUGUGACAGGGACUACACUGGGAAGGACUGCAGUGUCUUUGAUCCCAUCCCUGAACCUACAGUCCUGACAGGUCCAGAGAAGAAAGGAACAUUCGAAGAGGAAGAUCUGGCGGGGGAUAGGACGUCCAUUUCUCUGUCCGUGUUCCGUCUACUCCUGUCUUCCUCCUCGCACUGUGUCGUUUCCACAUCAGAGAAGAGGGGAACAAAAAAAAGUCUUCCACUCCUGUCCCAAAAUCUCUCCAAACAUCUUCCGAUUAUCAUUUCCUCCACGCUCUUUUCCUCUGUCCUCCAGCCGGGCUGUGUCCUCAAGACUUGUGGACCAGCCAAAUCAUGCUCUUGUGCCUGCUGCCAGCAGCUCACUGAGCAUUGUGUCCGGGCCACACCUAGAGCGAGCAGGUGGCUCUCCCUGUGGGAGACACCAGGGUCUUCCUCCAGUCCAAUGGCUCUAAGAAUGUGCUUUAGCAUUUGUGUACCUCCUUUCCUCACAUCUCAAACUGUCCGAUAAAGAACAUAUCAGCAGUGGACCAUGUCUUUCCAAUGCCUGCCUGCCUGUACACACAGGCCACCACUUGAGUCCACAGCUGGACUACAGCACAGCCUGGCCAUCUAACAAGCUGAAAUAACAUGACAGGAGCUGAAUAUUUUCCUUUUUUCUUAAAGGAGAAGGAACCGAGGCCAGGCCUUGAGUAAGUGCAUCUCAAAAUGGACAGCAACCUGUUUUAAUCUGCAAGGUUUGGUAACAUAACUGAAAAGAAAUCCUACACUGAACUGUUAACGUUUUCCAAAGAGAGACUGAGGAGGGACUAAUAAUCAUAUACAAUAAUGUGCAUUUUUAUUUGCCCCCUACCCAAACAACAAGUCUUCAGGUACAAAAAAAGGAAGCUUGGUGUUAUGGUUUUCAGAUGAUUUUCAGACAGUGAACUUUGCAGAAGCAUAGACCGUUAACUUUGUGUCUUCAACCGCAGACCAACCAACAUACAUUCCACAGUUACCGUCUGUACGUGUGCUCACCACUUUCAGGCCAUACGUUGGUACGCUCAGAAGGUUUAUUCUGUACAUUUAUCUCACGAGUGAAUGUAUGGGCGUAAGAGCUUUUUCAAGAAAGGACGAACGUAUGGGUGUUUACAUUAGUACUGGGGACGGUUGUGUCCAUGUACACCUUAACACUCCUCCUAUCACAGGGAGAUAUGCAGGUUUUUACCUCGAAAAGAUCAACUUUCUACAAAGGGGUGUGUGCUGCAAACAUGGCACCAUAAAAGCAGUAUAUUAAUAAAGAAUUCAUCAGUUUGUAUGUCAUGUAUCUACAGAAAACAAGCACUGGCCAACUGUACGCACACAUACUUGUAAAUAUGUGCAAGAUAUACUGAAUGUUAAAUGCACUGUAUGUGGAUUUAUUUAAAGCUGUGUUACAAUAAUGGGUUUUAUCUUUUUCAGCAAACAUACAGCAACUCUCUCCUGUAGUCAACGCUGAUCAUGCAUCUUUAAACGUGGCGAAACAGCUCAGCUGGCUGUCUUGCUGUCUCCUUUAUCAUUCCAGCUGUCACUGAAAUGCCAUGAAUCUUUUGUACAUUUGUUGAUAGCUCUGAGCCCUGGGUGACUGACUCAACCCAGAGACUUUUUACUGAUCCUCGCUGUAAAUGAGAUUAAAGAGAUCUAGUCUGGGGUUGUGGAGGCAGCUCGUCUGACAUCGUAUGUGUGUAUGAAGUCAGUUAGGUUCGUUUGAGCUUUGCACUAUGGCAGAUGCACUAUUGUUAUUAUUACAAUAUGUAAAGAGUUGGUAUCAAAUACAAAUGUUUGUCUUGAAGUUAAGAGAAAAUGAGAUGCAUCAUACCCCAGGUUUUUGCCAGUUUUUGAACUGAAACUGAAAGAAUGAACUAAGGCUUGUACGGGGAUUGAAAUGAAGGGAAAAUAAAAUACUCGGACUAAAACAUGAAACCACACCUCCUACUCUCAGAUCUCGGUGCCUUCCUGUGCUGGUAUCAAUUUUUUUAUGGCAUUACUAGAUUUUGAAAAUUAUGCUUUAGUUUUCUGUGUCUGACAAAGUUUUUUUUUAAAUUAUCUUUAUGUGAAAUUACAGUGGGUACGAGACUAAUUAUGGGCAAAAUUAGAAUUUUAUAAAAGUCUGAGGCUGUACCUGCUCAUUAUUUUAUCAGUUAAUGUACCGGCUUGUUGUCAUAAUAAAUUACUUAAAGAACUAUUUUAAUUAUCAGAAUUGUUAUAAAAAAUUAAUAAUUUCAACACUACGGCGGCACAGUGGUUA